AUAAUCCAAGUGUAGCCUAGAUGAGGCAACAUGCUGACUAUGUUCAAGCCGCAUACAAAGUCCUCUCAUAUAUUCAUCAUGGUGUAACACAUGACAUUUUCUCAAAUAUCAUGGGAGCAGAAAUAGCACAAGAAGGUUGGGAUACUCUUAAGAAAGAGUUUGACGGCAAUUCACGGGAGACAGAAACAGUUCAUCAAUAUUCAAACAAACUGAUGGAUGUUGUCAACCAGAUUAGAUUUCAUGGUGAGGAGUUUCCAGAUCGAAGGAUUGUGGAAAAGAUUAUGGAGUUUGCAAUGAUAGAUUUGGGAGAUACAAAGUAUUUUCUGGGGCUUGAAAUUCAACAAUUGAACAAGGGAAUUUUCAUUUGCAAGGGAAUGUAUGCACUGGAUAUCUUGAAGAAGUUUGAAAUGGAGAAUUGUAAAGCAGUUGCCAACCCGCUGGUUCAAAAUGAAAAACUUUUCGAGGAUGAUCAAGAAACCAAGGUUGAUUCCUCCUAUUACAGAGGUUUAAUUGGUAGCCUGCUUGAUUUAACUGCGACUAGAUCUGACUUGAAGUUUGCAGCAAGCUAUUUGUCAAGAUUUAUGUCUGUUCCUAGUAAACUUCAUUUAGUUGCUGCCAAGAAAAUUCUUAGUUACAUCAAAAGAACCUAUGAACUUGGCUUGUGGUUUGACGGUAAUCCACAAGGAAGGUUACAAGGGGAGAAGGAGGAUGUUGUAACUCAGUCCAUAGCUAAGGCUGAGUAUUUAGCAGCUGGAGCAGCAGCAAAUCAUGCUGUCAGCAAUUGCUAUUGCUCAAAAUCCAGAGCAGCAUGGUAGGAGCAAACACAUCAAGAUUAAAUACCAUGUUAUCAGAAAUUAUGUUCAGGAAAAAGAGAUUGUUUUGCUGCAUUGUGAUUCUGAAGUCCAAGCUGCAGAUAUCCUGACUAAAGCUCUUCUGAGGCAGAAAUUUGAAGAGUUCAGAGAUAGCUUGGAGUUACAAAUAUAAAAAGCAAGGAGGAGU